UGUGUCAGUUCCGGGAGCUAAAUCAGUUUUCUUCGCUGAGUAUCACGGCGCUUCGUCGGAGCGUGCUACUCAUCAUCAAAAUCAAGGACAGAAAGUGAACACCCACGAAAAACAGCUGUCCUGCGACCACCUCUUCCAAUAGCGCGCCAUCGUUAUUACGCCCCUCAAGUGUAGCCGUAUCAGAGACCAUGUCCCUACCAGACUUUGAAGGGUUUGAUCAGUGGUCUUUGGCUGUGAGCCAAAAGGACCCAUCGACUGGAAGCAAUGAUGUGCGGGUUGGUAUAGACCGUACUGAAGCAGUUGCCGUUGUACAGCUCAGCCGCCCUGCGAAGCGCAAUGCGUUGACACAGGCGAUGAUGGAUCACCUAAUCUCUGUUCUGGACCAACUUGAUCAAGAUGGAAACGUGAGGGCUGUCGUUUUGAUGGGCACCAAGAAGGGUGCCUUUUCUGCUGGUGUUGACAUCAGCGAGCUAACCCAACUGACAACUGGCGAGGCACACGAGAGACGAUUCCUCUCCGAUUUGAACGGAGCAUUUGAGCGGUUCUCGAAACCGAUCAUUGCAGCUGUCGAGGGCCUAGCUCUUGGUGGAGGAUUUGAAGUCGCGCUCUCCUGCGAUAUCAUCUACGCAGCGGAAGAUGCUACCUUCGGCUUGCCUGAGGUCAGCAUUGGUACGAUUCCAGGUGCGGGCGGAACACAGAGACUCGUGAGAGCCCUGGGCAAGUAUAAGGCAAUGGAGCUCAUCCUCUCGCGCCAGACGAUUAGCGGCCAAGAACUUGCACAGCGAGGCCUUGUUAGUAGAGCUUUCGGUGCGAAUGAGGACGUAGUGCUUGAAGCCAAGAGACUGGCGGCUCGGAUUGCUGCGUAUUCUCGACCAGUCAUCAACAUGGCAAAACAAGCCGUAUUAGCGGCCGAGAACAAUCACUUGGAGGCUGGCAUGGCCAUUGAGAAGCAGCUCUACUACAUGACUUUCUCUCUCGAUGACUUCAAGGAAGGAACAAGCGCCUUCUUGAACAAACAACCGCCAGAGUUUAAACACCACUGAUAAAGGCUCAGAAUUCGAAGCUCGAGAACCACAUAUCGUGGACCUCCCAACUUUUCCUGGGUGUGAGGGAGAGAGCGGAGGCUCAAGUUUUAGCACCUUUUUUUCUACCCAAAAGAAAACAAACUAGGAAAGAGUGACAAUAUAACAAGGAAGCAUGAUAAUCAAAAUUCUCAUUGUCAUUUUUUUUCUUCACAUGAUUACGCCAAGAUGACAUGUCAAGCUUUGAAUGAGCCGAUGUGAAGCGAUGAGAAGCGAGUUAAAGCGCAAGAGGUAGAAUGUUGGACCUAGGCUUCAAUUGGCCAACCACACAAAUGUAGAAGCCUCCACUUACCCCACCACCGAGCUCUCGAUGGUCUCGACGGUCUCGAUGCUCAGAGACGUCAUACUUGGCCCUUCUCUGCUGCACCAUCUCCUCUUCCCGCCGUGGAGAUAGCUACAUUCAGGCGUAGUAUGGUGUCGAGGGUGUAGGCUCU